AUGGCGCGGAGCCGCAAGUCGCGGAAGGGGAAGAAGGAGUGGCGGCGGAACAUCAGCACGGCGGACCACGACAAGUUCCUCGAGGAGAAGGGCCGCGACGAGCGCAGCGGUGGCGCGCUCGACGCCGUUCCCAGCGAAAACAUAUUUUUCGUCGAUAAGUCUAAAGUUGCGCCGAAGCUCCGCAAAGUAGACAAGUGGCGCGCGCGCGAGUCGCACGCGGACGCCAUUCUCAAGCGCAGCUCGCUCGUUCCGCCGCUCGUUCCCGAACCCACCCGCUCUUCCCCGGCGCGCGCCAAAAGCAGCGCUAAACCCUCGGAGAAACCCGCGGAUACAGCUGCGGAGGGUCUGGCUUCCGCGGAAGCGCCAGCUGCAGGAGAUGGGGGCGGGAAAGGGGGAGGGGGAGCGGCGGGGGGGAGUGAGGACGGCGGCGGAGGGGAAAUAGUCGUAGCAGCAAGCGGAGAAGGGCCUAUGGCUAUAGUUCAGAGUGCCGGGAUGAGCUCUGGCGGGAAAGAAAUUGUUGCGGCGGAUUCAGGGGUUGCAGGGGGGAAGAGACGCACCAAGAAGGCAAGGAAGAACUCCCAGAAGCCGCUUUUCGACCUGUGGGCGGAGGAAGACUUAGCUGGUAACCGCCGUGCUGUUCUCGCCACCGACAAGGCAACAACCGGAGGAGGAGGAGGAGGGGAGGUGGGAGAGCCAGUGAGGAGGAGGGGCGAUGGGAAGAUGAUAGGAGGCAAGGAGGACAGGAGCAAAGCGGGGUCUUCGAUCCCUGCUGUUGAGAUUGAUGCUCCAGGCUGCUCCUUCAACCCCUCCGUGGAAGAGCAUCAGGAUGCCAUUGCAGUGGCAGUAGCGGAGGAGCUGAAAGAGAGCUACCAGGCAGCGCUGGCGCCCACGCCGCCUCAGCUGAUGGUGUCGCGAGCAGAGGAGGAGGAAGCACGGAUGCAGGAGGCAGCGGAUUUCUUUCUGACUCAAGAAGAGGAAGAUGAAGAGGAGGAGGAGGAAGAGGAGGAUGAGGAUGGCAACACUGCUGCUGUCACCAAACACAGAGUGCCCAAGCGUCUCACCAGGGCGGAUUUGAAUCGGCGCAUGCGGCACCGACUGGUGGAAGCAGAACUGGCAAAGCGGAGGAAACUGAAGGCGAUGCGGAAGGAUUUAGACCGGUUGAAGGAUCUGCAGAGGGAGUUGGAGGAGGAGAGGGAGGAGGCGGAGAAGAGGCGCGUUAGGAGGGAGAUUGCACGGGUGGAACUGAGGGUGAAGAGGGCUCCACGACUGGGAAGGCAUAAGUUCAAGCCGGAACCAAUGAGUGUGCUCACAUCAGACCAAGUAACCGGGUCGCUACGACAACUCAAGGGUUCUUUCACUCUCGUGCGUGACCGCUUCAAGAGCUUUCAGAAGAGAGGGAUGAUCGAGACCCACGGGCCCACCAUCAAGCAGUCUCUAUCGAGGAAGCGCAGGGUGGUGGAGCAGGGCAGUCAGGGUGCAAGGGAGCGGGAGAUGCAUGCUGAAAUCCAGGCCAUGCGGGCGGCAAGGCAGGAGACCAAGAAGGCUGCUGCCAAAGCUGCUGCGGAGUCGAGCAAUCUCGAGCUGUAA